GAGGGAGGAAUGCGCCGCUAAUGAGAAAACGGACCGCCGCCGAGCACGCAAGAUCGGACAGCAAAGGAGAGGGGGGAAAACGUGAAAUGGUCUAAAUAGCAAGAAAAAGAAGCAAGGGGAGGUGGUGUGCGACCGAACAACCGUAAACAUUCGUUUGGAGGAUUAUAAUAACGUGUUACCUGGUGACUCAAAUUAACCCAGGGUUUUUGAUGCUGUCCACACGGAAAAUUGAGCUAACGGACUAGCUGGUCUGGUAAACCAUGCAGAGGUUUCUCCUCCUGAGUUUGGCAUUGAGUUUUCGCUAUGUGUGGGCAGCGCGGUUCUCUCAGGAGCCAGCGGACCAGUCCGUGGUCAGGGGUCAGAGGGUGAUACUGUCCUGUGUGGUCUUUAACUACUCGGGCAUCGUGCAGUGGACCAAGGAUGGCCUCGCCCUCGGCAUAGGAGAGGAUCUCCGGGCUUGGCCUAGGUACCGUGUGAUGCGUGUGUCAGACCUGGGUCAGUACAACCUGGAGAUCCUCUCCGCUGACCUGUCUGACGACUCCCUCUACGAGUGCCAGGCCCCAGAUGCUGCACUGCGCUCCAGAAGAGCCAAACUCACCGUACUCAUCCCCCCAGACGAGCCGGUGAUAGACGGGGGUCCGGAGGUCCUGCUCAACGCCGGGGAGUCGUACAACCUGAGCUGCGUAUCCCGGGGGGCCAAGCCCCCCUCCAUGAUCGAGUGGCUGAAGGACGGGCUGCCCGUGGAGGGGGCCGUCGGCAACACGGAGGUGUUGCCAGACAGGAAGAGGGUAACCACGCGUAGCUUCCUGCCGAUCCACCCCGUCGACACAGACACAGGGAGGAACUACAGCUGCGUGGCCACCAACCUGGCCGUGCCUACCGGCAAGCACACGACCGUCACCCUCAACGUUCACCACCCCCCCACAGUGACCCUCUCCAUCGAGCCACGCUCAGUCCUGGAAGGGGACAGAGUCACCUUCACCUGCCAGGCCGCCGCUAACCCUCCAAUAAUGGGCUACAGCUGGGCGAAGGGGGGUGUCAUUCUCCAGGGGGCGAGGGAGAGUGUGUUCACCACCAAGGCUGACCACUCCUUCUUCACGGAGCCGGUCUCCUGUCUGGUGUUCAACGCCGCGGGCAAAACCAACGUCAGCAUCCUGGUCGACGUCCACUUCGGCCCCAUCUUGAUAGUUGAACCCAAGCCGGUGACUGUGGACAUGGACUCUGAUGUCACCCUCAACUGCAAGUGGGCCGGCAACCCUCCCCUCACCCUCACCUGGACUAAGAAGGGCUCCAACAUGGUGCUGAGUAACAACAACCAGUUGUAUCUGAAGUCCGUGAGCCAGGCGGAUGCAGGCCAGUAUGUGUGUAAGGCCAUUGUUCCCAGGAUAGGAGUGGGAGAGACCGAGGUCACACUCACUGUCAACGGCCCCCCUAUCAUAUCCAGUGAGCCAGUCCAAUACGCCGUGAGAGGGGAAAGAGGAGAGGUCAAGUGCUACAUCGCUAGCUCACCACCCCCGGACAAAAUAGUGUGGGCGUGGAAGGAGAACGUGUGGGAGAAGGAGAAGGGGACCCUGCUGGAGAGGUACACGGUGGAGCAGAGCAAGCCUGUCUCCGUGGGCGGGGGCGUCCUCUCCACGCUCACCAUCAACAACGUCAUGGAGUCCGACUUCCUGUCCACCUACAACUGCACCGCCUGGAAUGCCUUCGGACCCGGGACGAUGAUCAUCACCCUGGAGGAGACAGAGGAGGUUCCAGUGGGGGUGAUAGCAGGAGGGACGGUGGGCUGCACCAUCCUCUUGUUCCUGUGUCUGCUGGUGCUGGUGCUCAUCUUCUAUCGGCAGCGCAAAGGCAGUCGUCGCGGGGUCACGCUGGGUAAACCUGACAUCAAGGUCGAGACAAUAAACAAGGAGACCCACAGUCUGGAGGAAGACUCCGCCAGCGUCUCCACGGCAUCACGCAUGGUCAAGGCCAUGUACUCGCCUUUUAAAGAUGAUAUAGAGCUUAAACAGGACCUGCGGAGUGAAACGCUGGACACACGCCAGGAGUAUGACCUCAAGGACCCUACUAACGGCUACUACAACGUACGUGCCUCAACCCACGACGAGGGCCGACCUGCCUCUCGCUCCAUGCACUACUCCGACUACCGGCCCUCCAACGCACCAGGGGGCGCUGCCUCCAUCAGCAGCAGUGCCGGAGGCUCGGGGGCCACGGCCAGCGGUGGAGCCCCACCCGGGCCCCUGUCCACCCCAGGCCGGCCAGCCUGUUACGACCCCCGACCCCCGUCUAGACUCUCCCAUAACAGCUACGCCCAGUUCAACACCUUCACCAGGGCCGGCCAGAGCCAGCAGCCCCCGCCUAACUCCGCCCCGCAGACCCCUGACUUCCCCGGAGACUGCAGCCUAUUGGACAGCACUCCGCAGCUGGCCUAUGACAACUACGGCUACCCCUCCCACUAUCCUUACCGCAUGGGCUUCGCCCCGCCCAGCCUGGCUCCUCUGGAGGCCGGCCCGUCCUAUGAGAUGUACGGGGUGGGACAGGGGGUGGGGCCAGGAGUGGGGGUGGGGCCUGGAGUGGGGGUUGGGGUGGGGCCAGCGGCCCCGUCGGGCUCAGAGACUGGACUGGGGAAAUACGGUAGCUCCACCCGCUUCUCCUACACCUCGCAGCAUUCUGACUACUCCCACAGCCGACACACGCAGAGGAUGCAGACACACGUGUGAGGUGGACCUGUACCCACCAUCCACACACACACGUUUAUAUAAAAGAGGGCGAGGUGGAUCUCAUACACACAUUUACACGUUCGCGAGCACACACACACAUGCAUGCAUACAAGUACGCACACACAGGCUCAGACACGUCAACAACCAUAAACUUGUGCACAUGCUCAUGCACAAAGACACACAAAAACACAUAGGAAAACAUACCCAAGAGACGGGGGGGAUGCGAGUACGAAAAAAGGUUGGUGAAAAAACAGAGAAAGUAUUCUGGUGAGACAGGGAAGGGAAUUCCUAAUAAUCUGGAAUUCUCUAACUCCCAAUGUGUUUCUAUCGGAGCUCUGAAAGAGCAGAUAGCGAAAGUCACAAUCAGGACUAGGAAAAAGAGGACUAGGUAAAAACAAGAGAUUUGAUGUCUCAUUUCAUGAAAUGAUUAGCAUAUGCUAUGAAUUUAGAUUAUAACGACAAGAGGGAGUGUUUUUUCGACAGUUUAUUCCAUUAUGUGAUAAAUGCUCAAUAUUAAAGCAUAUCACAGGAAAUACUACGGUCAAAUUUGGUAUACCCUAAUCAGUCGGAACCUCAAAUGGUGGAGGGUCAUUACUGUCCACCAUUUUGUUAUUUGUUUAUGUUUUAUGACGUGACCUUAGAGCACAUAUAUAUCCCUGAGUGCCCCACUUCAGUAUUUGCCAUGGUGCUGGUUAAGUGGGCUCAUCGUUUUGCACUGCAUUACAGUAUUCAUGCUUAUAGACUUCCCUCAUCUAUAUAUCUGUAUAUGUCUCUUUCAUUUUGCACACCAGACUAGAGCUUUGUAUUCUAUUUUUUAACGUUGCAGAAUUAUUUUUUUGUCAUAUUUGUCAAGGAAGUGUGUGGACCAAAUGUUCAAACUUGAGAGUCUUAGCGUUCGGGGUGGGGGUGGAGGGUGGGGGGGAUAUUAAAAUGCAAAGAAACAUUAAUGGAACUGAACCUGGACAUGAAGGUGCCAACAGGACUCAGUCAAGGUUUUUGGGGCGGUAUAUUAAGAAAAUCUUUGUGCCAAGUGUCCAUGUUGUUCUUUAUUUUAGACCUGGUGUCACAAGCAUUUAUAUGCAGUAGAGAUCAUGGAGGUCCUUCAAGGAGCAGGUGGUGGGAUGGGACGACCAAGGUGUCGGGGCCUUGAGGCAGCUUGGGCAGAUGGAGAUGAGAGAAGCAGGUCUGGUGACCCCUGCUGAUACACAGGGAGAGAUGUGGUGUGUGUGCGUGGGGGGGGGGGGGGAGGCGGGGGGAUUUAGAACAGAGGGGCCUUAGGGUGACGUGUCGCUACUCUUCAUCAUUUCCCCCUCGCACACGCUCAGGCGACCGGCCAGAGAAGAAUGUGUAUGGAGAAGUUCAAUGAAGGUUUGUCUUCAGUAUUGCCAUCGUGGUGUGUGAUUGUGUAUCUGAGAGAAAGAGAGAGAAAGCGUGAGCAGAAGUGUUUGUGUGUGUGUAUGCUGGCACAUCUAUUUGUACAGGGUGUUUGUGUAGAUGUGUGAGUAGACACGGUUAUGUAUGUAGAACAUAUACAUACAUACAGUACUCUACCUGCGUGUGUGCGUUACUCUUGUAUGCAUGUCAGCGUGUACCGUAUGUGUGUGCAUGUCUGUAUGUGUUCACGUGCGCGAGUGUUUCAGUAUUACAGUAUGUCGAUAUCAUUUCUCUCACAAUCCUGUUACAAUACUUUUAUACCUCUGGUAGGACUGUAUCCUGUAUUAUUGUGUCUUUGAAUUUAGAAAUCCAAUGUUAAUCUUAUUGUACUGUUCUUCGUAGCAGAGAAAACUUUUCAAAAGAUGUACAACAAAAGUUAUCAAAAUUUCAUUUUUUUAUUUCAUUAUCUUCAAUAUUUUUUAAAAAUGGUAUGUAAUUAUUUUUCCACAGUAUUACAGAAAUAAAAAAGCACUGUUUUUUAGA